AUGGUCAUGUUUGUCGAACGCGGUAUACGCGGCGGCCUGAGUCAAUGUUCCAAGAGAUAUGCGCGGGCUAACAACAAGCACAUGCAGUCGUAUGAUCCAUCGAAACCGUCGUCAUACUUAAUGUACUUCGACGUAAAUAAUCUGUACGGCUGGGCAAUGUGUCAACCAUUGCCGUAUGCAGAUUUUCAAUGGGUCAACGACACAGCAAAUUUUAAUGUUAUGAAUAUCGCGUUAGAUUCUGCGAUAGGCUACAUUCUCGAAGUCGAUCUAGACUAUCCACAACACCUUCACGACGCGCACGCUGACUUACCGUUCUGUCCGACGCGCGAUAAACCACCCGGCAAGCGGCAAGAAAAACUCCUCGCGUCUUUAUAUAAUAAAAAGCGAUACGUUAUUCAUUAUCGCAAUUUGCAGCAAUGUACUCGUCACGGUCUCCGUAUUACAAAGAUUCACCGCGUAUUGCAAUUCGCGCAAUCUCCAUG